GCGCCGGGGUGAGCGAAAAGGAUUUGAUCCUGAUGGUAAAUGAGCAGCGCAUCACGAUGGUGGCCACGUUCAAGGGCCGGCACCCGGACGACGCGGUGUUGCGGAGUUUGUACGAGAAGCCAAAAACGUGGGCCUUCAUGAAGGCCUCCGCCGUGAAGCGCUAUUUGCAGCUGCGCGGGGACGACGCGGACCUCGGGUUGGACGCGGGAACGGUAACCGCGAAGGGCGCUAAUGUUACCCUAACUAGCUCUCCGGCCGCUGGUUCGUGGGCGGAACAGGUAGGCCUGGAGAAGGGUGACGAGGUUAUCAUUUCCGGC